UUCGAGGGCCGCUGCGCCGCACCUAGGCCCAGGCCCGGGCCUAGGCCCGGCCCGGCCCCGUCUCGUCCCGCGCAGCCCGGGGCGGCAGCAGUUGCCGCCGCGGUGCCGCCAGCUGCCCAGGAGAAGCAGCGUCCCCGCCCCAGCCAGGGCCUCGGGGGAAGGUAGCGGCAGCGUUUCCCGUGGCGGGCAGCUACCCUGCCCUGCCCCGCACCGCCCCUCUCCCCUCCGCCUUUCCCGAGCGCCCGCCCCCGCAGGGCCCCGGGUGCUGCGCUACCUGCGCGUCCGCUGCGCCGCCGCCGCCGCUCCCGCUGCCGCCGCCGCCGCCACUCCUGUGGGCGGUGCGAGCGGCCCGGCCCCUCCUCUCGCCGGCAGCCCUGCCCACGGGGCGGCCGGCGGGCUCUACCUGCGGCCGGCGGACCGUGCUCCGCUCCUGCUGCUUGGCGACGGCGGCCACAGCGCGGCCGGGGACGCUUGGGCCGGCGGGUCUCUGGAAAGGGUAAAAAUGAAUGUAGGAGUUGCCCACAGCGAGGUAAAUCCAAACACACGGGUGAUGAACAGUCGUGGAAUGUGGCUGACAUACGCGCUUGGAGUCGGCAUGCUGCACAUUGUCUUGCUCAGCAUUCCGUUCUUUAGUGUCCCUGUUGCCUGGACUUUAACAAAUGUGAUUCACAACCUGGGAAUGUAUGUGUUUUUGCAUGCAGUAAAGGGAACUCCUUUUGAAACUCCUGAUCAGGGGAAAGCUAGGCUACUAACACACUGGGAACAACUGGAUUAUGGAGUACAAUUUACAUCUUCAAGAAAAUUCUUCACAAUCUCUCCUAUAAUUCUAUACUUCCUGGCGAGUUUCUACACAAAGUAUGAUCCAACUCACUUUAUCCUCAACACAACCUCUCUCCUGACCGUGCUUAUCCCCAAGCUGCCGCAGUUGCAUGGUGUUCGAAUCUUUGGCAUCAAUAAAUACUAAGCAGAAGGUUUGACAGUGACCGCCCCUGACGCGGGUACUGCUGCUCCCCAGGUGAAGGAAACGAGAAAUGAGCUGUGCCGUGUAUCUAAUCCUAUUCAACAAGAGAUGCUUUUACAUUUGAGAUACAAUUCCUGCCUCCUGCAGCAUUGUCAGGGAUGAAAGUUUGUAAGAAGAUACCUUCAAAUACUUAAAUGUGAAUUGGAAAUGUCUAGAAGAAAGAUUUCCAAGAAGAACUGGGCAGGCCCAGCUCCAAAGCAUAAUCACCACUAAGACUGUAUGUAUGUCUGGCUGAUGCAAGUGACUUGUAAGGAAGGUGCGAGGAACAGUUGAAAUGGAGAGUAAUGUUUCACAAAUACCCAGUCAACCAUAAUGCAAAUGGUAACUUUACAUACUAAUCCAGGAUCCUCAAUGCCAAGGACUGGUGAGGCCGCAUUCGUAGAUUAAGUGAAAGUAGCUAGUUUCUGCUGUAUGGAGUGUAGGUGGUUGUGCUUGUUGUUGCAUUGUAAAAGUUUGUCUCACAGUGCAUACUGUGACAGCUAGCAUAAACUGAUGGUGUGAUUCAUGCCUUAUCUGUUCUUGUGAUUUUUUUGUCACAAAGACUGAGGUAAGUCCUUAACUGUCAGCUCAGGAGAUUUCUACAUCAACUUGAUAGCUCAGUUUAUGUACGCUUUUACAAGUGGCUACUGUUGUGUUUGUUUCCUUUUGCUUACCAGGAUACUGACUUUUCUAUGUGUAAAUGGGAUAUCCUGAAAAAGUGAAAUUUCUUUUAAGGUGUGGAUUUUUGAUUAUUUUCCCUGAUUCUUGACUGAUGGGUUAUUUUUCAGUUGAGAGGCCUGUAAUGGUGGGGGAAAGGGUCGCUGCUAUUGUAGAAGCAGCUCCGUUACAGAGCAACAAUGUCAGAACACAGAAACUCUGUGUAGGUUUUAAGUUAGAAUAGAAGCUGAACUAGAAGUGAAUAGGCAAAUCGCAUGGACUAACUGUAUGCUUUUGCAGAAAAAGGUAUAGAUAAUUUGCAUGUCUUGGAAAUGCGGAGGAAUGCUGUGUUGUAGGGGUACUGUGUAGUAUGGAGUAAUCUUGUAUAUAAUCAACUCUGGAACAGAAGUGAAGGAGGUACAUCUAGAAAUCUGAGCACUUAUUUCUCUGUCUUGGAAAAAGGAUGAAUUUUGAAGCCUACCAUAUGUGUGCCAGCCAAAAGCAGCUCAGAUUUAAGAGAAGCAUGUAUUUAAGACUAGAUUUACAUUUUGGUGGCAGUGACAGCCAGUGAGCUGGGGGGGGGUGAGAAGGGCAAAAAAAAGCCCACUUCUUGUCUUGCAAAGUGCAUAAACAUGCUGGUUAAAAAAAAAAAGUAAUGAGUUAUGGUUUGGGUUUUUUUAGCAAUUGGAUGUAAUUAAUUCUUUGUGUUAUUUGUACAGAAAGUGGUAACUGGCUAAUUUUUCAAUAAUGACCAUCCCGAGGCUACGCU